UAGAACUAGGGCCCAUAUGGGAUGCUUGGUCCAUAGUAGAGGCUUAGCUUGCUACAGCACCCAUCCCGUCAGUUCCUUUCUUGUGUCCAAAGGGAAUGCAUGACUCAGGUGCCACAUCAGUCUUCUUGGCUGAAUAUAGUAACCCUCAACAAUUUCAAAACUCAGUUUUCUCUUCCCCACCUAGUAGUCUGCACAAUUUAAAUGACCUGGGCAGUUCUGUCCAAAGCAAUGAAGAUAGGCAGAAUAAUGGCCUAUAACCUCUGAUGAUGUCUUAAUAUUUAGUACUUAUUAUUUUAUUUAAUGUUUUGUGAACCUCUGUUAGCUUUAGGUUUCAAAUUCACUGAGUGAUAUUGUAUUUUAUCUUCCUGAUGAUACCUGAAUUCCCUGCUUUCUCUGUUAUGCAGAUUUUUAUUUGAAGUCCAUCAUUCCUGUGAGUAUAAACUGGAUCAUAACUUUUCUUAUUCACUCCAAAGUAUAUUUUACCUUUUAUGCCCCGCCUACUUCUUCCUUGUGUAUAAAUUCUAUAUUUACAUAUAGAAUUUCUAAGUUAAAUGAAUAGACUUUCAUAGCACUGACCCAGUGAAGGAGUGCUCUGUAUAUCCACUAAGGCUAAUCAUAAAAUAUAUAAUUGUUUAAAGUUGGGUGAUAACCAGCUUAGAAUGGUUUUGUUUGUUCUUAGAGUCAGUUUGUCAGUGGAUUGUGGAUGCUGAUAGAAUGAUAGUCCUUUACAGAAAACCUGUAAGAGAACAAAAGAGCACUUGUUUAGACCUUAAAAUCUACUUUGGGAAGGAAUAUCUUUCUUGAUAAGGUUUAUCCUCAGGUUCUGAACCAGAUCCAAUAUCUUAGCCUAAAAUUCUCCACCACAGUUUUAUAAUAAUAAAAUUAGAAGCAUGUAGUGCCACCAAGUGACAUGCAUUGUUCUCAAUGUUUGAAACAUGUUGUCUCAAUUAGUAUUUACAGGAAACUUACCGUCUUCAUUUUAGAGAAAAUGUUUCUCCAAGGUUAAUAUUCUCAAGGUUCUACAGCUAGGUAUUUGAAGUAAAGCAAUAUUAUUUCCAGUUACCUUAUGAUUUGUGUUUUUGCUUUUUUAAACAAGUGGGGUUCUUUUGUUUUGUUUUUACUAUUGAUCUAUGAUAUACCCUGAUUGUAAUUAGCCCAUUCAUUCUUAAGAAUGGAAGUAUCUUUCCCUGGCAGGUUGGACUUUGCACAGUUCUUUGGCUACUUACUUUCUAGGAUUGGUAUUAAUGUUAGCGGGAAGGUUUAGAAAGCCAUCCCAACUAAAGAUAAUUUCAAAUUGUUUACUUUGCCUUUUCUGCAUCCACUUUUAUGAUGUUAUAACUCAUUUGCUGGUAUGUGUAUCUAGGUGCUGAUUUCUCUUUAGUUUUGCUUGUCGGCUAAAUAUGUCUAACAUCAUAAUUAAAAAGAAAACAAAAAGCACCUAAGGUUUUUCUUAUUUUUCUGUUUCAGAGAAGACUGCUGCCCUAUUUUUUCACAGUUCAGUGAUAGAUAAUGUGCAGACUGAUCAGUAUGACUCUUAGUUUUGUACGUUAUUUCAAUCCAUUCAUCCUAUUCUUUUGCUCAGAGGUUAGAUAAGAAUAGAAAUACUGUUAACAUUGAAAAAUCCUGGGCUCUAGCAUCUUAACAUUAGUGGCAGAAAUUUUGUCAUUUCCAUUGCUUGUACACCCAGUACUUAAAAAAGGGACCUGUCACACAGCAUAUAGUCAAUAAAUACUGAUCAUGUGAAUGCAUGAGUUUUGAAAUGAUUCUUUCAGUUUCUCCUAAACAAAGCAAAAAAGUAUCUUUAUUUUUCUUUUUUUAAAUUUAGUGUCACAAUUGAAGGAUCUGAGGAUGAAGAAACAACCGAAAAGUAUGAAAAUGUUGGAAAUACAGAGUGGUCAGAAGUAGGAUUUCAUUAGAAUAACAUGCAGGAAUCUAAGCUUGGUGCAACUUGUGACUGGGAUAGCAAGGUAAAGAUACAACUGGAAAAGACUGAGGAAAAAAGAAUGAAGGAAGACAAGGGUGACAUAAUGGAAAAGACUGACAAAACCAAGAACUUGGCAAAUAUUAAGAUGGAACAGGAAGAUGAAACUUCUGAGAAAAGGCUAUAUGUAAGCACCAAACAUCAGAUUGUAGAACAGCAAAACACCGAGCAAGACAGCCAUGUGGAGACCCUUAAUGGAACAUUUUACCCUGAUCUACAGCUGCAAACGAGCAGUGUUAAAAAAUCACAUCAAUGUGAUGAGUGUGGGAAAUCAUUCAAAUAUAAUUCCCGCCUUGUUCAACACAGAAUCAUGCAUACGGGGGAGAAGCGCUAUGAGUGUAAUGACUGUGGAGGAACUUUCCGUAGCAGCUCCAGCCUUCGAGUGCACAAGCGCAUACAUACUGGGGAGAAGCCGUAUAAAUGUGAGGAGUGUGGGAAAGCUUACAUGUCCUACUCCAGCCUUAUCAACCACAAGAGCACCCAUUCUGGGGAGAAGAACUGUAAGUGUGAUGAGUGUGGAAAAUCCUUCAAUUACAGCUCUGUUUUGGACCAACAUAAGAGGAUACACACUGGGGAGAAGCCCUAUGAAUGUGGUGAAUGUGGGAAGGCCUUCAGGAACAGUUCUGGCCUCAUAGUGCAUAAAAGGAUCCACACAGGAGAGAAGCCUUACAAGUGUGACAUCUGUGGCAAAGCAUUCAGCUACAGCUCAGGCCUCGCAGUCCAUAAAAGCAUUCACCCUGGGAAGAAAGCCCAUGAAUGUAAGGAAUGUGGGAAAUCGUUUAGUUAUAAUUCACUUCUUCUUCAACAUAAAACCAUUCACACUGGAGAAAGACCUUAUGUUUGUGAUGUAUGUGGGAAAACUUUCAGAAACAAUUCAGGCCUGAAGGUUCAUAGAAGACUCCAUACUGGGGAAAAGCCGUAUAAAUGUGAUGUAUGUGGGAAAGCCUAUAUCUCACGCUCUAGCCUUAAAAACCACAAAGGAAUUCAUCUUGGGGAAAAACCUUAUAAAUGUAGCUAUUGUGAGAAAUCUUUCAACUACAGUUCUGCCCUUGAACAGCAUAAAAGGAUUCAUACAAGGGAAAAACCAUUUGGGUGUAACGAGUGUGGAAAAGCCUUCAGAAAUAAUUCAGGCCUCAAAGUACAUAAACGAAUCCAUACGGGGGAAAGACCUUACAAAUGUGAAGAAUGUGGGAAAGCCUACAUCUCGCUCUCCAGCCUUAUAAAUCAUAAAAGCAUACACCCUGGAGAGAAGCCCUUUAAGUGCGAUGAGUGUGAGAAAGCCUUCAUCACAUACCGAACACUUACAAAUCACAAAAAAAUUCACCUUGGGGAGAAGCCCUACAAGUGUGAUGUGUGUGAGAAAUCUUUCAAUUACACCUCACUCCUUUCUCAACACAAAAGAGUACACACCAGAGAGAAGCCCUAUGAAUGUGACAGAUGUGAGAAGGUUUUCAGAAACAAUUCAAGCCUUAAAGUUCAUAAAAGAAUACAUACUGGGGAGAAGCCCUAUGAAUGUGAUGUGUGUGGAAAAGCCUACAUCUCACAUUCCAGCCUUAUUAACCAUAAAAGUACCCAUCCUGGUAAGACACCCUACACAUGUGAUGAAUGUGGGAAAGCUUUUUUUUCAAGCAGAACUCUUAUGAGCCAUAAAAGAAUCCACCUUGGGGAGAAACCCUUCAAGUGUAUUGAAUGUGGGAAAUCUUUCAGUUACAGCUCACUCCUUUCUCAACAUAAGAGAAUCCACACAGGUGAGAAGCCCUAUGUAUGUGAUAGGUGUGGCAAGGCAUUCAGGAACAGCUCAGGCCUCACAGUACAUAAAAGGAUCCAUACAGGUGAGAAGCCCUAUGAAUGUGAUGAGUGUGGGAAGGCAUACAUCUCACACUCAAGUCUGAUAAACCAUAAAAGCAUACACCAAGGUAAGCAGCCCUAUAACUGUGAGUGUGGGAAAUCUUUCAAUUAUAGAUCAGUCCUUGACCAACACAAAAGGAUCCACACUGGAAAGAAGCCAUACCGAUGUAAUGAGUGUGGGAAGGCAUUUAAUAUCAGAUCAAAUCUCACCAAACAUAAAAGAAUACACACUGGAGAGGAAACUCUGAAUGUGAUAAUGGGAAGUCACAGUGGCACAUUCCAGAUGAGAACUUAUGAGGGAGUGAAUGUCCUGGAUGGGACCAGGAUGAGGAUCCCUCUGUAGAAGAUGAACAAGUCUCGAAGAACUCAAGUGUAAGAGGGUGGAAUCUUUCAGAUUUAAAAAUAUCUGAGGUCUAUAUUCGUGGUUUAUAAUUUUUGUAGUAAAAUGAAACCAUUUUAGAUGACUGUGACUAUCCUUUCUCUGUGGUUUUUGAUCAUAGCAAGGAAGGCUCCAGUAUCAAGGCAGUUGAGCUCUUUGGAAUAUAACAUAAUUCGUAAUAGCUUUAAAAUCUAUUAUAGAACAUGAAAUAAUUCAAAACAAGCAGACACGACAUAAAAAAAAAGAAAGGAAUUAAGCAUAUAGUUACCCUAAGAAAGUUCAUAUUUGAAGAAAUUUUAUUGAAAACAAGGGAAUAGCUUCAAAUUGGUGAAAGAGAUAAAUAUAAGGAAGGCCUUUAAAAGUAAAUUCAGGGAGAGGUAGGCUUCAAGGAACAUAAAUUUAUUUAUCAACAGUAAUCUUGAAGUACAAAGUUGAUAUAAUUGAAUAAUUUGGUGGGGUGGAUGGUAACUUCUGAAAGAAAAUUUGGGUUUCCUUUUUGGGGAUGUACAAAGUAGAAACAUUCCUAAUGAGAUAGGAUACAGUCACUCAUAAAAGUACAAAUUUAGUAUUAUAAUAGCAUUAGUUGAGUGGGUGAAAUUUUUUAAAAGUAUUGCAUUGAAACUUUUUCACUGACAAAUAUGUAUCUAAGUGUAAAUCUACAAGAUUAUGCGACAGUGAAAAGUUCUUCCAUGGAGGGAAUUUGCACCUUACAAGACAGAAUUGAGUCAGGGAUUCCAAGGACUAGAAAUGUUGGGAAGGAAGGUAUAUUUUCAGCUAAAAGGCUAGCUACCUGUAAGCAAGAGAGAGGAGGAAACUGGUGUUUCUUAAUAAUCCUUUUAGGUUUCUGAGUGUUUUGAAAUGUGUUAUUGUAUAGAUUCCAUGUAUUGUGUGUGUAUUGUCUGUUGUAAAAGCUUAUGAAUAUAUUUGUACAGGUUUCACUGUUUUUGCCAUGCAGGUUAGACAGCUAUGGCAAGGAAAGGCCAACUACAAUAAAGAAAUUCCUCAAAUAUAAGCAUGCUGUGACUUAAUUUAGAUGAUCAAUAUUAAAAACCAACUAACUGCAUAGAUUUUUAGUGGGUAAGUUAUAUCAGAUCCAAACCAGAGGAUAGUUACAAAGCUCUUUUUUAAUGCGACUUGCAACUUAGUGUUUAUCACAAAUUAGGUGGAACCUCCACUGAAAACACAGAAUGGGUUUCUAUACUUGAGCUGGACCAUAGCUUGUGGGAAAUAUUGACACAGAAUUCUGUAACAAAACAGAAGUUAACAUGGAAAAAAUAAAAAGGAAUACAAUAUCCUCUGAAUCUCACGCUAGCUCAUUCUUUAAACACCCACAGUUGCCAGGAUUGGCCUGGGUUGAAAGCCAGAAACAGUUUAGUUUUCCUUUACAGCUGGCAAGGGGCCUAACCACUCAGGUCAUCACAUAAUGCUUCCUAGAAUCUGCACCAGCCAAAAGGAAUUGGGAAGUAGAGCUGGCAAUUGAAACAAGGUACUCUGAUUUGGUAUAUGGACUAACUGUAUCUCAAGUACUAGGCCAAAUGCCUGCCUCUGGAAUAUGCUUAACUAUGAAGCUGUUAGCUAGUUAAUUCAAAGGUUAAGAGUAGACUGUUCUGCAAGGUGAAUAACCUGUUUAAGAAUAUGGUGGGUUGGAUACAACAGUACAGGUAAUUUAAAGUUGGGUACCUGACAUCCAAAUCCACUGCCUUUCUAAGAGAAUAAUCUCUAGUCAGAUAAUUCUCUGUCCCUAGUAUUCCCAUCUCUCUCUAGCUAUGUAUGUCUAUGACGCUUUCUAGCAGUAUAAUUCUUCCAUUGUCUCCAAACCCCUAAAUGUUGAGGGAUGGGGUUGUGAAGAGCAGAGAUGCGAAGUAUGUGAAAACUGAACCCUUAUUUUGGAUAUCUAUUUAUAUACUUGAUAAUUCUCUACUCGUCAUGUUGGCAAAUCUGACCCUAUCAAAGACUAUCCAGCAAAUACUUCUGGUUGUUCUCAGUGUAACUCGCUCUCCUGGAAACUGGGUAAGGAAUGGACUGCAGGGAAUAAUUUCUGGUAGGUGAUAAAUAGAAGAUCAAAUAUUCCAGAGGCUUACAUCAGAAUGAUAUCAUAUUACUGAUUAGGCUGUUUCCUGCAAAGGUGACAGGGAAAAGUAAUCCCUGAAAAUUCCGGAAAAGGAAUUCUAUACAUGCACGACCACAAGUGGAGAAACACUGUUGUGUUAAUGUUUACAUUGACACGUACCAUACAGAUGUAUCAUCAUCACCAUAUGCUGCGAAAUUUCAGGAAAUUGGUUCAGAACAAAACAUCAUGGUGAACAAUCUACCACUUUUCUCCUGUCAACAUUUUCUUCCGUAUUAUUUCUUUGCUUCCAUAUAGUAAGUGGAUUUCCUCAGAGGACUGAAUUGUGAUUAUAAGAGUGUCCGAAGUAGUAGCUUAACUAAUGGCUAACAUUUAAAAAUACUUCUUGUUGUAUUUUGAUUAAUAUAUACUCAUAGAUUAAAUAUGAGAUCAUAAAGCUCCAUAGAAAAUGGCAAAUCUAAAAAUAUUUCUAGUUUACAUCUAGUUCUCAAAAUAGGGGUUAAAGUUCUUUAUCACAUAGUAGAGUGGUACUGCUUAAUUCAGGAUUAAAAAUUGUUUCUGUGCUAAUUAUUGCUUGCUGUCUUUGCCUUGUUACCUGCCUUUUGUGUAAAUGUGUCAGGACAUGUACUAACAUAAAAAUAAUGGUAUCUUAACAAUUAUAAAAUAUUUACCUAGCUACUUCUUGUUGGCCUCAGGUAGUAGAGUAAGUCACUUGACUUACUUUGUAGUUCUGGUGUUUCAGUUGCCUUCUUAUUGCUCAAAUACGGCCUGCUUUCUUUUAUUACUUAUAUAUAUAUUUAUUAUUUAUAUUUAGCUGUUACAGAUAACAAAUGCACCCCCAAGAGGCACAUACUUUGCUUAGCUCCAUCCCAGUAGUGGGGUUUCUAGUUCUUAGAUUGAUCAUCAGUGGUACCCUGUGAGUGUUGCUCAAAAGGUGGAAAUGUCAAGAAAAUGGAGUACGUCUGAUUAGUAGCAAGGAAUUAGUUGAGAGAUCAUGUUAAACCAGAUUUUUAGAUGUGCCGGUAACUGAUCCUUAGAAGUGGUUGUAGACAUUAUUCCCUCACCUCAUGCAUGCUUUUUAGGGAAUAACUGCAAUGCACUACUUGUUACCACCCGCCCCAAGAGACUGAAAGAACUAGUUCCUAUUUUAUAAGACAGUGUAACUUUUAUUUAUUUAUCUUUUAACUGAAAAGAGAAUCACCUGCUUAUUCACUAUCCAAAUGCCCACAAUAACUUGGGCUAAGGUAGGGGAAGCCAAGAGCCGAGAACCCAACAACCGCUGCCUUCUAGGGUCCGUAUGAACAGAAUGCUGGAGUAAGAAAACGAGUGGAGGCUCAAGCAUGGCACUCCAGUGUGGUGUGGAGGCUUCUUAACCAAUGUCAGCCAUUGUGUGAAGUGCCCCAGAACAGCUUAAUUUGCCAGAAAUAAUCAUAGUUCUUGAGACGCAGAAUAUAUAUAA